AUGGCAUGUGUCUUUCUGCCCGCUGGCGUGUGCAUUGUACUCUCGUUGGCCCUUGUAGACCGAAAUGGAUGCGCGUUGUGGAUAAUUUCUACUAUGAAAACUCUCCGGUUUGGAUCCUAUUUUGCUGACGUCUUCCAGGAUACACAAAGCAAACUAAGGUACUAUUGUUUGCGACAGCCUGAUAAACUUGAUCGCAUCGCGAAGUACAUUUACAAGCGGCUAGCCCAAGACGUUCAUCGGCGUAAUGACUCCCACAUGUACAUCGCAAUAGAUGCAAUAAAUAUGCUUCUUGGAGGAUACCAAGGGCAUCGUUUGGUUUUAGCUCAGGUGUUUUUGCAAAUGGUACAUCUUUUGCUUCAAACCAACAGGGCUGAUCUUCAAAUUCUUGCCACAAAUACUGUAUGUCACACGGUUUUAGUUACCUUCGAUCAGUUUGUAGAAUUUUCUCAAAUCGAAGAUGAAAUUCCAAACUAUCCUAAGGAAUACAACGAUCUAAUUGAUCACUUUACAUCUAUGGCCCACGCGUCUUUGCCGGAUGUCAAAGAACGCAACAGGUUUGGUUUAGAUUUUCCAGCUUUACCUGUGUUCAGGGUUAGAAGAGCUGGAAUAUGCGGCAUUCAAGGGGUUGUAAGGAAAACCGUCGGUGGCCAGCUGCACAUUGACGUUGUCCAUGGGCCGAACAUGGAUAAAAUCAUCCCCUCCUUGCUGCUCAAUAUAUGCGACAGAGCCGAAAUCGAUCCCGAGGACAGUCAGGAAGAUCCGUCCCAGGAAGCUAUUUUUGUCUUCAAGGAUAUUGCCCGUCGCGCAUCUUAUCACAAUAUUGAGCCUGUUGUCGCCUCCAUUUUAAUCUACCGCCUAACAUCGAUCUCGAAUACAAUGCAUAAUAUUCUUCGGACCAGUAUAGAUAAGACUCCACAAGUCUUGGAUGACACUUCACCGAGUGAUGCCCAGGUGAACACCGAGGAGCGUCAAUUCCAAGACGCUAUCAUCAACACAAUCGCUGAGUUUGCGAAAAAUUUGCCAGAUACACAGAAGAUUGAAAUUCUCAAGUUUAUCCUGAAUUUCGAGCCGAUGGCAAAGACACUUCCAUCACAAGCUUGUUUCGAGAUGACCAGGAAUUACAUGUGUUUUACUAAUGCAAUCAUAUGUCGAUCGGAUCAAAUUGAAGCUGUCAACACUACGUACGAACGCGUUGCAAAGCAUUUUCACAGGUACCAGGCCGCGUGUUACAAUGCCCUAACCAGACCUGAAUCGACAAAAUCGAUGAGCUCGUGGAGUCAACAUUCGUGGGAAGAAGUGAACUUUUCCUCAAAUUCAUCCUUUGGUAUUCGUCCAUAG